AUGAACGAGGCCCCGGCUGAGGUCCUCAAGGAGGCCAGGCAGAAGAUCCUGGCCAUGAUGGACCUCGGUUUAUCUCGCGAUACCCUUUUCAACCUCGUUGCAACCUCCAACCCGACCACCGCGACCGACAAAUCCCAGAACACCAGCCAACAACAACAACAGCAACCAUCACAACAAUCGCAGCAACAACAGCCUCUGCCUGCGCGACCUGUAGAUGGACUCAUUCAAGACGUAAAGCAAGAAAAUCAGCCGACGCGGCCAAUUGAUAACGGAGUUUCCAAUGCGCCAGCUCCUUCGAACGUGUUCUGGCCCAAACCCGGUCCUUACCACCACCGGCCUCGCAUCUCCGUUUCAUCGACGAGCUCGGGAUCAUCGGGACGUGCGAGCAUUUGGUCCAACACGGGGUCCUUCGCUUCAACUUCCUCCGGCGCCACCCACUACUCUCAAUCUUCUCCUCUCUCACAGUCUCAGUCUCUCCAAUCCGCACAAUCAGGUACGACGUCACCGCCCGGUGUUCAGAACCCUGCUGGUUGGCCUACGGGCAGGCUUAACUUUUACUGGUGCACGUCUUGCGAGACGAGAUUUAAGAGAAAGUACGACUGGAAGCGGCACGAGGAAGAAUUCCACGAGAGAUGGAAGAAGUACCCCUGUCCCGAACCCGGCUGCAACCGCAGCUUUUGGGGAGCUAACACUUUCAACCAGCACCACAAGUCAUCCCACGGUUGCAAGACGUGUCCUCACUCAGAGCAGGUCGUGAAGUACCUCCGGAAGAGGAAGUACUGGGCUUGCGGUUUCUGCGCGGCACUUCAUCCUUCGAGGGAACGACACGUCGAGCACGUAGCGAGGCAUUUCGAGGCGGGCAAGACCAAGGCGGACUGGACGCAUUCAAGAGUCAUCUAUGGCCUUCUUCACCAACCGCUCAUCCACGAGGCUUGGAAGGAUAUCCUCAACGAGAAGCAGGGGGAAUUCGCGGGUAGGCAGGCUCACUUCAGCUGGAACCCCACCAAGACCGGAAGGGCACAGGGUUUCAUGGAAAACGAGUGCCCCGGACAGCUCCAGGAUCUCCUCGAGUUCUUCUCAGGCUCCAGCACCGAUGCUGAGGCUAUUGUACGAGUCGCGUACGAGCUUGCCGACGUCGUCUUCAUGACGAGUCCGUUCUGUCCUCCCGCCAGCUGUGUCGAUACGACUUCGGCCGUUGCCGCAGCGAACGCGACAUCGUAUCCCACGCCGCCCGAAUCUACCUUGUCUCCGGUGACGCCUGGCACCAACAUUCCUCCCCAUCCCCAGCCACAGCCCGGCAUGAUGCUAGGCGAGCCCACUUCGCCGCCUGGGGCGUUCCCCGGCACGUUCGGAAACCCCGCGAUGAUGCAGCCGUCUAUGUUCAGUCCGACGAACCCAGCUACUCGUCCCGUAUCGCAACAACCACUUAGACGGUCCUCUCUUGAACGAGCUCUUCCCCCUCCACCGCCUGUCGAGGCCAACCCAAUGACGGGUGCUCCUAUGAUCAACAUCGACUACUUGCAAUCCCAGGCCGGCACGGGCUUGAUGCUUGAGGACUGGGAGAGCUUCGCCACGACAGUGGUGGAUGACGGCAGUAUGCAACAACAGCCCAGCCAGGUCGCCACGGAGUGGCCUAUGGUCCAGUACUUUGGCCCUCAGUAA